CCACCACCCCACCGCCGCCGCCGCCGUCGCCGCCACCUCCUCCCCAUCUCCACCAGCCCUCGCAUAAACCCCGAGCCGUGGCCUCCUCCAGCCCCUCCCCGCACGCCCACCCGCGCAUCGGGCUGCAGCUAGGGUUUCAUGCGCUCCGCGGCCGCCACAGCCGCCGAUGUCGCACCCCGGCAAGUUUGUAUCCGUUAACCUCAACCGAUCGUACGGCCAGUCCGCCCAAUCCCAAAGUGGCGGCCGCCCCUCCCGCCCCGCUGCCCCCUCUGCCGGCGGCGGCGGCGGCAUGGUGGUGCUUUCCCGCGGUCGCGGCUCCUCCUCUAUGGCCAAGCCGCAGCAGCCCAAGCUCUCCGUACCGCCGCCUCUGAACCUCCCCUCGCUCCGCAAGGAACACGAGCGCUUUGAGGGCGCGACCGCCACUGCAGGCGGUGGGGUCGCCUCAACACCGCCCCGAUCCGGCGGGGCCGUGGCUGGGUGGACGAAGCCUGCUCCGGCAUCCGAGAAUCCACUGGGCUCGAUACCGGCUCCUAGUGGCGUUUCCAGGCCCCCGUCGUAUGGAUUCCAGGAGAAAGCUGUCGUCUUGCGGGGCGAGGACUUCCCUUCUCUUAAAGCAGCGGUGGCGCCACCACCUCCGCCACCCGUGCAGCAUCGCCAGAAAGACCUUUAUGGGGCUCAAGCCGCCAUGCCGGAGACACAGCUGAUGUCCCUGGGCAUGCGACCACAUGUGAUGCCCUCGCGUGGUGCUGAGCCCUUGGCUUCUGGUGGCGUCACAGGUACUGGUCUCCAUGGUUCAGUGGAGAAAGUGCAAACUCAUGAUUUGGGGCCGCUGCCACUGGUGCGGCUUAGGUAUGAUGCUGAUUGGGCUGAUGAUGAGCGUGAUACAGUGCUGAGUCUGCCAGAUCGUGACAGUAAAGAGAGGGGAUUUGGUAGGAUUGAGACCAUGGUUCCAGGGUGCGGCCUUUAUGGCGCGACAAUGGAGCACUUAAAAAAUGAGUCCUGGGGGAGAGAUUCCAUUGCUCCCAAUAAAGAGGGCGGGCAAGAUGGUUUGUGGCGAUCUCCUAUGCCAAGCCACAAUGUGGAGAAGACAGAUGGUCGUCCUUACAGUGCAGGCAAAGGAAGCGGACAAUUACUUUACCAUGAAGGCAUUACUAAUGGUGCCUCCAAGGAUUUGUGCAAUACUAGUAAGGAUCCUGCUGUGCGAGCCUAUGGACAGAUUGGGACUGAACUGCAUGGAAGCGCACAUGUUGGGGAAACUGCAGGUGAAUGUUACAAUGAUAAUUCUAAUAACUGGUACAGAGGGAAGUCUUUCCAGAAUAAUCCCAUUUCCAAGGUGAUGCCAUAUCUUGCUGAUAAGGGACCUUUAGUUAAUGAGCUGGGAACAAAAUUUGGCAGGGAUAAGUGGCUCGCUGGAGUCCCUGUAAGGCCUUUAGUUGAGCAUAUCGGUUUUGAUAGCAUUUCUGCUGUUAGUUUCAGUUCAAUAAAGAAGAAAAAAGAAACAACCAAACCAUCAGAUUUCCAUGAUCCAGUAAGGGAGUCAUUUGAGGCUGAGCUCGAUAGGAUCUUGAGGGUACAAGAGCAAGAGAGACAGCGGGUAGUGGAAGAACAGGCCAGAGUCAGAGAAAUCGCUCGGAAACAAGAUGAGGAGAGGGAGAAGCUGAUAAGAGAGGAGGAGGAAAGGCGGCGGUUGGUGGAAGAAGAGGCAAGACAGGCUGUUUGGCAAGCCGAGCAAGAGACGCUGGAAGCUGCCAGAAGAGUUGAGGAGCAGAGAAUUGCUAGGGAGGAAGAGAAGACGAGGUUUGCUAUGGAGGAGGAGCGGCGUAGAGAAGCCGCACGUCAAAAGCUCCUGGAAUUGGAGGCAAGGAUUGCUAGACGGCGAGCCGAAUCAAACAUGAGUGAUGGAAAUCUUACUUCAGCUGCCAAUGAUGAACAAACACUUGGAGCCUUGAAAGAUAGGGAUGUGUCACGGUACAAUAAUGCUGGUGAAAGACAUGAUAUUAGCAGACUGGGUGAGCGCAUCAAUACCUCCAUGUCAUUGGUGGCUUCCAGUCUCAACCGGUACAGUGAUACAGUUCCAAGGGCGCUCAACACUAUGGGAGAUGGGCACUCAGGCUUGGUUGAUAGAGAACACGAGUACCACAGUGCAAGGGCUGCAUUUGAAGACCAAGAAAAUCUACAUUACAGUCCACGGUGCGACACUUUGGGUACUAAGAGGGGAAGCUUCCCUAAAAAAGAUUCUUAUGAUGGAUUUCGGGCAUCGUUAGUCGAGCCAUCUUCGAGAGACCAAAUCAAUGAUUCACCAUGGGCACUGGAAGAUUACAGUCAAGGAAGAGUUCCAAGGUGGGAUGCACCGAGGGAGAAUAACUGUUUUAAGCAGUCUGAAUUUGGCACUCAUUUUUUUAACAGUGAUAGGUUUGGAGAUGCUACUUGGCUGCCUAGUGGUUCCUACGGAAGCCCCAAUGCUCAACAAGGAGAGAGAAUGUUCCAGAACUCCGAGGCUAAUGAUUUCUCCUCUUUUACAAAAUCCUGCUACCCUAUGCGGCAACCACGUGUACCCCCACCACCUGUUGUGACCUCAAUGCAUGGAAGUGCAAUUAGUGCUUCUAUUCAACAUGCCAAUUCAUCUUUCAUUCAUGAUGUAAUGAGAGAGAGUUCCAGUAGAGAUGAUGAACAGACUAUGCACAGCCAAUAUGGUAGUGCACACCAAGAGGUAUCCCGCCAGCAUGGGACACCUGCUGAAGGCAUUGUUGUCAAUGAGCAGCAAAAUGGGGAUAGGGCAAGCCCUGUCUUGGGCUCACAAUCUUCUCUUUCUGUUUCAAGCCCUCCUAGGUCACCUCCACAUGUUUCCCAUGACGAGAUGGAUGUGUCUGGUGAUUCGCCUGCACUGCCAACUUCUGCUGAUGGUGAUCGCACUGUGGUAUCUGAUAAUGACCAAGCAGCUUCAACUUUAGAUGCAGCAAACAUAAGCAGAAUCGCUACCUCAAGCACGACUUCUCACAUGGAUGAUGAUGAAUGGCCAAGUGAACACAAUGAAUCCAAGCAAAAACAGGAUGUGUAUGAUGAGGAAGGCAAUAGCUACCAAGAAGAUGAAAUCAAUGAUGGCGAUGGUGAUACUCUUGACUUGGCUAAUGAGUUCACAGACGUGCAUCUUGACUUGGAUGAUGAGUUUGCAGAUGAACAUAAUACAACUGCAGAAACGGAACCAGUUAUACUUGGAUUUGAUCAGGGUGUACAGGUUGAAAUUCCCCCGAAUAGUGAGCUUGAAUUAACUUCUGUGAAGAGCACAGAACUGGAAGUUGGUGUACACUUGGGCGUCUUGGAGCAAGAGUUGAGUUGUGGUUCAAUUGAUCCUUGUGACCUUGUUAUGCUUCAAGACUUAGCUCUUGAUCAAACAAAUGCCUUGACCGAUGAAUCCAAUGUUGAUCCAUCCGGUAGCACAGCUGUGCCAAGUUCCAAGUUACCUCAGGCAUCUUUUGCCCCCCCUAUUGAUUCAUCAACAUCAGCAGUAACUUACCAGAAUGAAGUUCCUGUUAGUCUGCAGGUCGGUUUGUUUUCCGGGUCAUCUUUAAUACCAACUCCGGUUCGAGCCAUUCAGAUUGGCUCCAUACAGAUGCCGAUCCAUCUCCACAAUCAGAUUAACCCAUCCCUGGCUCAACUGCUCCCUUCAUCAGCUCCUUUAUUCAAGUUUGGUCAGUUGAAGCAUGCCCGCCCUAUUGCCCAGAAUGUAAGACCACAUUCUCAGGCAGUGCCCUCCGUUCAGCCCCCCGCACCAACUCCACAUAUAUCGAAACAGAAUGCUUCGAGUGGUAUACCUAAUGAGAUGGAUCCAAAUGCAAAUCAGAAUACCCCAAGAGAAUCAAAUUUGCAUCAGCGCAAUGAAUCUGAAAUCAACCGGAUGGCUGAUUUAAAUGAAUUUCACAGCCGAUUAGACAGAACUUCAAUUGAAAAAAAUGCAUCUUUCGGACUUUCAAAAGGUGAUUCUCAGAGGAAUAAUGAUCUCUCCUCAAAGCGGAAUCACAAAUCUUCUUUCAAUAACACAGAAUCUUCUCAAGUUGGUUCAUAUGGGAAAGCCUUGAGUGGCCUAAAGGCAGGCGCUGUAUCUGGUGGAAGUGGGAGGAGAUACGGUUAUGCUGUUAAAGAAUCUAAUAUGGGAUCAACAGGCUCAGCUGUUGAAACUUUUCAUAAAGAUUCCAGAGGAUUCCAGAGAAGGUCUCGUAGGAACAUAAGAAGAACUGAAUUUAGAGUGCGGACAAAUGUUGAGAAGAACGAAACCCUAGCUUCUGAGUGCCACGAUGAGCAGAAUGAGAAUCCGGUUCCCAAUGGAUUGGCAAGGGAGAUCCCGGUGAGAAAUGUGAACAGAAAGGAAGGUACAAAUGAUGCAAGUGAUAUUAAUGGAGCAGAUUCUUCAUCUACAUCUGCUCAUUAUUAUAGUAAAACAGAGAGAAUUGCACAGAAGGCUCCAUCUUAUGACAGGUCUCAUUGUGGGUACAAGAAAUCUAGAGCAGGUGGUAUCCCCGAGGGAGACGCUAAUACCUCGUUACAUGCUGGAGUUGUACGCAUCGUUAGGCAGCAAGGCGUUGAAAUGCCUGUUGAUGCAGAUGGUUUCAUUGAAGUCAGGUCCAAGAAGCAGAUCAUGAGUGUCAGGAGAGAGCAGAGGGAGAAAGAAAAUAGAUCCAAAAUAAGGAUGGCAAAGGCUCCCCGCAAGCAGCAUCAAACGUCUCUACACAGCUCUAGCAGUUCAAGUAUUUAUAAGGGGACACUUUCUUUGGGUGGGGAACCUGCGAAGAAAGUUUCUUCGGGUUCUGUCCUUGCAGUUGAAGGAAGGGUCCUUGAUCACGCCGAACCAUCAUCUUCAUUCAUGGGUGAUACAGCUUCAAUGACACCCAUAGGGCGGCCACCUUCAGCUAACACAGGACCUCGUACAAAUUACCAUGCAAAGAAGCCUAUCCGAAGCCAGGCAACCUCCGACUUGAUAACUUCUAGUGCCGCAACAAAGCUUGUGGCAUGCUUAUCAGAAAGCAAUAAUAAAACAUCGUCCAUUGGCACUCCAUUUAACAUGGGCAACUGGGAUAGUUCACAAACGAACCAGCAGGUUAUGCCAUUAACUCAAAUUCAACUUGAGGAAGCAAUGAAACCAGCAAAGUUUGAACAAGGAGGUUCUGGCUUUCCUUUGGAGUCCAAUAAUGCUCUAUCUCCUACAGUAACCAUGGACAUGGCAUACACAUCAUCUGCUAGCCCUAUCAAUUCUCUUUUGGCUGGGGAGAAGAUUCAGUUUGGGGCAGUUACCUCGCCAACCGUACUGGCUCCCAUCACCCGAACAAUUUCAAAUGGGCUUGGUGCUCCAGGUUCAUCUUGGUCUGAAAUGAAGAUUGACCGAAAUUUGCCUGGUGAUAACAGUACUGCUGCUGUUUUGUUCGAUAAGGAGAAGGCUACUACUAAAGAUCAAUGUCCAAACUCAGAGGAGGUUGAAGCUCAAGCUGAGGCUGAAGCAGCUGCUUCUGCUGUGGCUGUUGCAGCUAUUUGUACUGAUGAGGCAGUUGGAACUGAAGCUUCUGCUUCAGACAAAAAUAGCUUUAGCAGUAAGGAUCUCACUCGGUUAACAGCCGGAGCAGGGGCAAUAACAGGUCAACCUGGUCAAUCAUCUGGAGAGGAGCCACUGACGGUUGCUCUUCCAGCAGACCUGUCAGUUGACACUCCGUCAAUGUCCCUGUGGCCUUCUUUACCAAGCCCACAGGUGCCAGGGCCAACGCUUUCUCAGUUCCCCAUUGCACAGCCGUCUCACUUCUCUUGCUUCGAGAUGAACACAAUGUUAGGAGCACAUCCUUUUGCAUUUGGGCCAAGUGAUGAAUCUGCCGGCACUUUGGGUCAACAGCCUCAAAGAAGCAACGCUUUGCCUUCAGCACAGUUGGGUGCUUGGCCAUCUAUGGUGGAUUCAUUUUAUCGUCCCCCUACUGGAUUCGCUGGUCCUUUCAUUAGCCCUGGAGGAAUCCCAGGCGUGCAAGGUCCUCCACAUAUGGUGGUCUACAACCACUUUGCCCCACUUGGGCAAUUUGGUCAGAUGGGGCUUGGUUUUAUGGGAGCCACUUACAUUCCUGGUGACAAGCAGCCUGAUUGGAAGCAAAACCAAGGACCUUCUGUUGGCAUCAGCCAGAGUGAUCCAAACAACCAAAAUGUGCUACCUGGUCAAGUAACCUCACCCAGUUUUCCUACUCAAGUGCCACAUCUACGUGCAACUUCUAUCAUGCCAAUCCCAUCCCCGCUGACAAUGUUUGACAUGGCUUCAUUCCAGUCAUCUGCGAAAAUACAGGUGCAACCUUGUUGGCCACGUGUGCCUAUGCACUCUGUCCCGUUGUCAGUGCAACUGCAACGGCAUCCAAUAGAUGGUACAGCGGCAUCACAGUAUGUUGAUAAUGUGGUAAUUGACAAGUCAAGUACAAAUGAGCGGUUCCAGGAGCCCUCAACAUCAGAUAGCAACAAGAGUUUCCCAAGUAUAGCUGCCUCCCAGUCAUCGGAUGUUAAACAGCCAGCCUCAAGCAGUUCAGAUGCUCGAACUGCUGAGCCUUCAUUUGUCCGGAAAGGUGUGAUCGGCAAUGAAGUCCCAAAUAGCAACCCCAAGUCUGGUCAAGUUGCCAAGAUGCCCCCCAAGCCACACCAGUCUUCAUUACCAUCGGAUCAACAGUUCAAACAUCCAGUUAAUAAUAAUCAGGAUCGUCUGGCCAGGGUUACCCAAAGGGCUGGAACUGUGAAUGAAUGGCAACGUCGGUCAGGACAUCCGGGGAGGAGCUCUGGUUCCGACAAGAAAUAUGGCACUGGUAGGAUGAAGCAGAUCUAUGUUGCCAAAUCGUCAUCAACAAGUAGCCAGGCCCCAUCAAGCUAACAGCAGAUAUUCUUUUGGCCCAAUUUUCUGUCGAGUAUUCAUGUUUUAUUUGGUAAUUAUAGCAUGUGCCCGUUAUUUAUUGUUGCUUCAUUUUCGUGCAUGGAGCAGUUUGUCCCCACUUUGAAGCAAUAUGGCGUCAUACCUGGAUAAAUUUUGCAGCUCACCAAAGCUGAGUUGUGCAUGUGGUGUUCUAUCUGAACUUUUAGGGCAACUCCA